AUGCAGAUUUUCGUGAAAACACUCACGGGUAAGACUGUUACGCUCGAAGUGGAGCCAAGUGAUACUGUAGAAAAUAUCAAAGCAAAAAUCCAGGACAAAGAAGGUAUUCCACCUGAUCAGCAGCGCCUUAUUUUUGCCGGUAAACAACUCGAAGAUGGUCGAACAUUGAGCGAUUAUAACAUACAAAAGGAAAGUACCCUCCAUCUUGUUCUUCGUCUCCGCGGUGGUAUGCAAAUUUUUAUCAAAACAUUGACUGGUAAAAUGAUCACAAUCGAAGUUGAAGCUUCGGAAACAUUGAAAGAAGUCAAAGCAAAAAUCGAAGACAAAGAAGGCAUUCCACCUGAUCAACAACGUAUCAUCUUCGCAGGAAAACAGCUCGAAGACGGUCGAACAUUGAACGACUACAGUAUUCAAAAGGAAUCAACUCUUCAUCUAGUACUUCGUUUGAGAGGAGGCCCUUCAGGACCACGUGCAUUGGGAUUUGCUGUGGGUGGUGCAAAAGAUGUGAAUAAUUUUCGUGAAAAUAUUAAAAAUAAUUAUUUACCUGUUAUAACAGACAUUUCCUAUGAAGGUCUGUUUAAUGAUUAUUUUUUUGAUACUGGUAAUCAACAAAAAAGUACCGAUGAAAAACAAUUAUUUUGUCCAUCCUAUUCCAUGGCUAUCACAAAGAAUCCUCUACAACAAACAUAUGAAUAUUACAUGACUGUCGGGUUAAAUUCAAAUCUAACUGAAGAGACUUACACACGAAAUCCGAUGAAUCUUGUUAUCUGUAUUGAUAACAGUGGAUCAAUGUCAUCACCAUUCAAUCGUUAUCAUUACGAUGGUCGUCGUUCUAAUACUGCUAGUAGCGAAGAAAAGAAUGAUUACGAUCGUCGAUCGAAAAUGCUCAUAACUCUCGAAGUCGUCUCAAAAGUAUUCGAUCAUUUGAAGCCAAAUGAUCGAGUAGCUGUUAUUACAUUUAAUGAUCAAGCGUCAGUGAUUCAACCAAUGAAGAAAUUAAAUGAGCUCAAUCUCGAACAAUUGAAACAUUAUGUGUCAACAAUUCGUGCUGAAGGUGGUACAACGAUGAGUGCUGGUAUUGAUUGUAGUGCAUCAUCGUUCGAUAGUAUUUCAUCGUUGGCAAACGAUGUCUAUGACAAUCGAAUUCUUUUUCUCACCGAUGCACAACCCAAUCAGGGUUGUUUAGGAGAAGGAAGCUUUUUUACACGUAUUGAACAAUUAGCAGGAAAACGUAUCUACACAACAUUUGUUGGUGUCGGCAUUGAUUUCAAUACUGAGCUAAUAUCAUUGAUAACAAAACACCGUGGGGCCAAUUACUUUUCUGUUCAUGAUUCAAAAAAAUUUAUUCAACUGUUAGACAAUGAUUUUGAUUUGAUUUUAACACCGUUAGUUUUCAAUGUUGAAAUGAAAUUUCAAUCGGAUCUAUUCGAUGUUGAACGUGUUUAUGGUUCACCUGAAUGCGAUAAAACUCAGCAGGGAGAAUGUAUUAAAAUCAAUACAUUAUUUCCUUCACGGACAGAUGACGAACAACAGACACGGGGUGGCAUUGUUUUGUUAAAAUUAAAGACAAAAAAAUCAAUAACAGAUGUUGUCAGUACAAUAGCACAUUUUUCAGUAACAUACGAAGAUCGUCUUGGCAAUCAAUGUAAAGAAAAACAAACGAUUGAUAUUCAUAUGACUAAUGAGAUUGAUUACCCCAAUUCAGGUAUACGCAAAGCUAUUCUUCUUGUUAAUUAUGUUACAUUAUUAAAACAAUGGAUCAACAACGAACGAGAGUGUAAAUAUAAUGAGCGAAAAACUUUAUUGGAUUUGAAGGAGAAGAAUGCUGAAAAAUUAAGUCCUUGGGAGCGACAAUCGACGGAAUUAAUUGUAUCGAAGCAAUAUCAAGAACAAUUCAAAGCAUUUUUAGCCUAUUUUGAAUCAGAAAUGGCUUCAAUGCAAGAUAAAGAUUUGGAACAAGAAGUCACAUUGCUGGCAAAGUUAAUUGAAUAUAAAUGUUAA